AUGGGGGCGGCGCGUGAGGAGAACGUAUACAUGGCAAAGCUGGCCGAGCAGGCGGAGCGGCACGAGGAAAUGGUGGAGUUCAUGGAAAAAGUAUCGGAGUCUUUGACGGAGAACGAGGAGCUGACUGUGGAGGAGAGGAAUCUUCUAUCAGUGGCAUACAAGAACGUGAUAGGCGCGCGGAGGGCGUCGUGGCGGAUCAUAUCGUCUAUAGAGCAGAAGGAAGAAUCGAGGGGGAAUGAGCACCAUGUCAGCACAAUCAAGGCCUACAGAUCUAAGAUUGAAUCGGAGCUUUCCAAUAUUUGCGAUGGAAUUCUAAAGCUGCUUGAAUCGAAUCUCAUCGUCUCCGCAUCUUCGGGUGAUUCGAAGGUGUUCUACCUCAAAAUGAAGGGGGAUUAUAAUCGGUACUUGGCUGAGUUUAAAACUGGUGCUGAAAGAAAAGAGGCUGCUGAGAGUACCCUCACAGCCUACAAGGCUGCUCAGGACAUUGCUAAUGCAGAACUCGCCCCAACACACCCAAUUCGACUUGGACUGGCUCUGAACUUCUCUGUGUUUUACUAUGAAAUUUUGAACUCUCCUGAUCUCGCUUGUAAUCUUGCAAAACAGGCCUUCGAUGAAGCAAUUGCCGAGUUGGAUACACUAGGCGAGGAGUCAUACAAGGACAGCACUUUGAUUAUGCAACUUCUUCGUGAUAAUCUCACUCUAUGGACCUCUGAUAUGCAGGAGGAUGGAGCUGAUGAGAACAAAGAUGCUCGAAAUCAUGAUGAUGAACCACCACAGUGA